GGCGAUUUUGUGAUGAUCCGUGCCCUCGGUUUCCCUCUAGAUCUGCUGGACUGGAAUAGGAACUACCCCCGAAACACACAUGGUACAAUCCAAUGCACCUUUUGAUCAUUCCAGCAGAAGCAGAGACGGGCUGAGAGCAACAUUUCGAGGCUCUCGCUGGAGUUGUCUGUAGUGGAGCUCAGCCCGCAACCGAGCGGGAUCACAGACGCGGCUUGAACGAUGGUUUUUAAAGAGUUAUUAAUGUAAUUGAGUCGCUCGAUACUUCAGAGAAACAUUCGCGAAAGAGGAUUCUUCACGAUGAGGCUCACUGCGGUGCUUUGUGGCAGCCUUUUAACUUUCACGCUUCUCGCCGAGGGUGUUUUGAGCGCCGCCGAAUGCUCGUGUGGAAAGAAUCACUUCACGUGUGCGGUCAGUGCGUUUGGCGAGUGCACGUGUAUCCCGGCUCAGUGGCAGUGUGACGGAGACAACGACUGCGGAGAUCACAGCGAUGAAGACGGCUGCAUAUUGCCCACAUGUUCACCGCUGGACUUUCACUGUGAAAACGGCAAAUGCAUCCGCCGCUCGUGGUUGUGUGACGGAGACAACGACUGUGAGGAUGACUCCGAUGAACAAGACUGUCCUCCACGAGAAUGUGAGGAAGACGAGUUUCACUGUCAGAAUGGCUACUGUAUCCGCAGCCUGUGGUACUGCGAUGGAGACAAUGACUGUGGAGACAACAGUGACGAACAGUGCGAUAAGAGGAAGUGCUCUGAUAAGGAGUUCCGCUGCUCUGAUGGAAGCUGCAUCGCUGAACACUGGUACUGUGACGGAGACUCCGACUGCAAAGACGGAACUGAUGAAGAGAACUGCCCUUCUGAUGUAAUGACGGCCACGUGCAGCGUUGAGGAGUUUCAGUGCGCUUACGGACGCUGCAUUCUGGACAUUUACCACUGCGAUGGAGACGACGACUGCGGAGACUGGUCUGACGAGUCCGACUGCUCUUCUCAUCAGCCGUGUCGCUCUGCUGAGUUCAUGUGCAGCAGUGGCAUGUGUAUAAAUGCUGGCUGGAGGUGCGACGGUGAAUUCGACUGCGACGACCAAUCAGACGAGAGGAACUGCAGCACGUCCAUGUGUAUGGCGGAUCAGUUUCGCUGUAUGUCUGGCCGCUGUGUACGCUUGUCCUGGCGCUGUGACGGAGAAGACGAUUGCUCAGACGGCAGCGAUGAAGAAGGCUGUGAAAAAACUGAAUCUCCUCCAUGUGCGCCAGAUCAGUUCUUGUGUGGAAAUGGCCGCUGUAUUGGGCAGCGCAAGGUCUGUAAUGACGUCAAGGACUGUGAAGAUGGAACGGAUGAACAACCACACCAGGACUGCCGCUCCAAAUCAAGCGAAGAGAACUGUAACGUGAACAACGGCGGCUGCUCGCAGAAAUGCCAGAUGUCACGGGGUGUGGUGCAGUGCACUUGUCACACCGGAUACACUUUAACAGCGGACGGCAAGACCUGCAGAGAUGUGGAUGAGUGUGCAGAUGACGGCUACUGUAGUCAAGGCUGUACCAACAUCGAAGGAGGAUUUCAGUGCUGGUGCGUUCAAGGUUAUGAGCUUCGCCCUGAUAAACGCAGCUGCAAGGCUUUAGGUCCAGAACCUGUCUUGCUGUUUGCGAAUCGGAUUGACAUUCGGCAGGUUCUUCCGCACCGCUCCGAAUACACGCUGUUGCUCAGCAAUCUGGAAAACGCCAUUGCAUUGGACUUUCAUCACAGUCAGGAGCUGGUGUUCUGGUCUGACGUGACGCUGGACCGUAUCAUGAGAGCCAGUCUGAAUGGCAGUAAUGUGGAGGAGGUGGUGUCCACAGGUCUCGAAAGCCCAGGUGGUCUAGCCAUAGACUGGAUACAUAAUAAGCUCUACUGGACUGACUCGGGAACAUCUCGUAUUGAAGUGUCUAAUCUGGACGGCACACACCGCAAAGUGCUGCUCUGGCAGAGAAUGGAGAAACCGCGGGCCAUCGCUCUGCACCCCAUUCAAGGGAAGAUUUACUGGACUGACUGGGGAAAUAUGCCACGCAUUGAAUAUGCCAACAUGGACGGCUCAAAUCGCAAGAUAAUUGCGGACACACACCUCUUCUGGCCCAAUGGACUUACUAUUGACUAUGCCAGCCACCGGAUGUACUGGGUGGACGCCAAACACCACGUCAUCGAAAGAGCUGAUCUGGACGGGAAGAACAGAAAGGCUGUCAUUAGCCAAGGUCUUCCUCAUCCAUUCGCCAUCACUGUGUUUGAGGACAGUCUGUAUUGGACCGACUGGCACACCAAGAGCAUCAACAGCGCCAAUAAAUUCACCGGCAAAAACCAAGAGGUGAUCCGAAACAAGCUGCAUUUCCCCAUGGACAUCCACACGCUGCACCCUCAGAGACAGCCUGCAGGUGGCAUGAAUCGCUGUGGGAGCAAUAAUGGCGGCUGCAGUCACCUGUGUUUGCCAAGCAAUAAAACACACACCUGUGUGUGUCCUACAGGCUUUAGAAAGCUGGACCAGCAUAGCUGUGCCCAGAGUCUUGACAAGUUCCUGCUUUUUGCCCGAAGGACGGACAUCCGUCGGAUCAGCUUCGACACAGCGGAGCAGCUGGAUGCCGUCAUCCCACUGGCGGACGUCCGAAACGCAGUGGCUCUGGACUGGGACUCUCUGGACAGCGAGAGCUUCAUCUACUGGACAGACGUCACCACCGACACCAUCAACCGUGCACUGUGGGACGGCAGCAAACAGGAGGUUGUGGUGGACACCAGUCUGGAGAGUCCCGCAGGUCUGGCCAUCGACUGGCUCACACACAAACUCUACUGGACUGAUGCAGGCACAGAUCGCAUUGAGGUUUCAAACACAGAUGGCAGCAUGAGGACGGUUCUGAUCUGGGAGAAUCUGGAUCGUCCGCGGGACAUUGUUGUUGAUCCCAUAGGAGGAUUCAUGUACUGGACAGACUGGGGUGCGAAUCCGAAAAUCGAGCGUGCAGGAAUGGACGCGUGGAACCGUACAGUCAUCAUCUCCUCUAACCUGACCUGGCCUAAUGGGCUGGCCAUCGACUACAGCACUGAGAGACUGUACUGGGCCGACGCCAGCAUUAAAACCAUUGAGUACGGCAACUUUGAUGGGUCAGGCAGACAGGUGUUGAUUGGCAGUCAGUUGCCUCAUCCAUUCGGCUUGACUCUUCAUGAAGACAGAAUUUACUGGACCGACUGGCAAUCCAAGAGCAUCCAAAGUGCGGACAAACUCACAGGUUUAGAUCGAAAAACACUGGCGGAAAACCUUGAGAACCUGAUGGACAUUCACAUGUUCCACAAUCACAGAACCAAAGUCCAGACUGGGUGUUUGGUGAAUAAUGGCGGCUGCAGUCACCUCUGCCUUCUGGCUCCGGCUCCUAAAUCCUGGAGCUGCGCCUGUCCCACCGGCAUCAACCUGCAGGCGGAUGGGAAGACCUGCGCGCACGCUAUGAACAGCUUCCUGGUCUUCGCCCGGCGGACAGACAUCAGGAUGAUUUCUCUGGACAUCCUGUACUUCGCUGAUGUCGUUCUGGCUGUCAAUACGUCAAUGAAGAACACCAUUGCUGUUGGAGUGGAUCCCAUAGAAGGUAAAGUGUACUGGUCGGACAGUACGUUAAAGAAAAUCAGCAGAGCCAAUAUCAAUGGUACAGAACAUGAGGACAUCAUUUCAACUGGUCUAAUGACCACUGAUGGUCUGGCUGUGGAUUCAGUGGGCAGGAAAAUCUACUGGACAGACACCGGCACAAACCGCAUUGAAGUUGCUAAUCUCAACGGCUCCAUGAGAAAAGUGCUGGUGUGGCAGAACCUGGACAGCCCUCGUGCCAUCGCUCUCUACCAUGAGAUGGGAUACAUGUACUGGACAGACUGGGGUGAACAUGCCAAGCUGGAACGCUCCAGUAUGGACGGGUCGGAUCGUGUGGUUCUGAUUAAUAAUAAUCUGGGUUGGCCGAACGGACUGGCUGUGGAUAAAGCAGGAUCGCAGCUGCUCUGGGCUGAUGCUCAUACUGAGCGUAUCGAAGCGUCAGACCUGAACGGCUCGAACCGCAGGACUCUGGUGUCUCCUGUCCAGCAUCCGUAUGGUCUGACCGUCCUGGGCUCUCACAUGUACUGGACGGACUGGCAGAGCCGCAGCAUUCACAGAGCAGACAAAAACACGGGGGAAAACGCCAUCACCGUCCGCUCCAGUCUGCCCGGACUCAUGGACAUACAGGCUGUGGACCGCACCGCAUCAGCCGGCCUGAAUAAAUGCGGCCGGAGGAACGGCGGCUGCUCUCACCUCUGUUUGCCGCGGCUCAAUGGGACGUCCUGCGCGUGUCCCACUGGCGUUCUGCUGAAGGCGGACGGACGCUCCUGCGAGGAUCUGCCUGAAACAUACCUGCUGUUCUCCAACCGCGUCAGCGUCCGCAGGAUCUCUCUGGACACACACGACCACACGGACGUGUUCGUGCCGGUGGCAGAACUGCAGAACGUCAUCUCACUGGACUACGACAGCGUGGAGAGGAAACUCUACUAUACUGACGUCUCGCUGGACGUCAUCAGACGGGUGAAUCUGGACGGCAGUGAUAUGGAGACAGUGAUCAGUUCAGGUCUGAAGACCACCGAUGGACUGGCUGUGGACUGGGUUGCCCGAAACAUGUACUGGACCGAUACGGGUCGAAACACCAUUGAAGUGGCUCAUCUAGACGGGACGUCCCGGAAAGUUCUGGUCAAUAAUAGUCUGGAUGAACCAAGAGCCAUCGCUGUGUUUCCCAGCAAAGGGUUUUUGUUCUGGACGGACUGGGGCCACAUAGCGAAGAUUGAGCGAGCGUUUCUGGAUGGCACAGACCGUAAAGUCCUCAUCAACACUGAUCUGGGCUGGCCAAACGGUUUGACGCUGGACUACGACACUCGCAGGAUCUUUUGGGUGGAUGCGCACUUGGACCGCAUAGAAAGCUCAGACUUGAAUGGAAAACUGCGUCAGAUCCUCAUCAGUCCUGUUUCUCACCCAUUUGCCCUCACGCAGUUGAAACCGGUGUACUCUCCUUUAACCCCUUUUUCCCGAAUCUCACAGCAAGAGCGCUGGAUUUACUGGACCGACUGGCAGACCAAGUCUAUUCAGCGUGUAGAUAAGCAUACAGGGCGCAGUAAGGAAACUGUGCUGGCCAAUGUAGAGGGGCUGAUGGACAUUAUAGUGGUGUCUCCACAAAGACAGAGCGGCACGAAUCACUGCGCUGUAAAUAACGGCGGCUGCACACACCUGUGUCUCGCUCGCAGCAACAGCUUCAUCUGUGCCUGUCCUGAUGAUGCAGACAGCAGACCCUGCUCUACCAUUGCAGGUUACGUUCCCGCUUCACCUGCGAAAGACACGACAGGAACUCAAACCCCCAGAAAACAGGCCACCGAGAAACCACACCAGGGCCUGUCGCUGGCCAACUGUACAGAAAUAAAUCUCAGCCUGGAGGACUGCUUCCAGAACAGUGUGAUUUCUGCACCUCGCGAUGAGAGUCCUCAUAUCAGCUAUGUGAUUGGUGGAGCUCUGUCAGUACUGGCCAUCCUCAUCCUCAUCGCUGCCUUCAUCAUUUACAGACACAAAAAGUUCAAGUUUGCAGAUCCCGGCGUGAGUAACCUGACCUACAGCAACCCGUCAUACAGAACCUCCACACAGGAGGUGAAGAUCGAAACUGCACAGAAGCCUGCGGUAAACAGCCAGCUGCGCUAUAAGAAAGAGGUUCAGGGUGUGGUGGACGGAGGCUACACUAAAGAGAAGAUCCGCAUCGUGGAGGGAGUGUGUCUGCUGUCGGGAGAGGAUCUGUACUGGGAAGACCUGCGGCAGCUGAAGGCGUGCAGAGGGUCUGGUCUCCACAACUGCAUGCGCACUGAAACCAUGUCUCUGCAGGCCAGCUCAGCGUCUCUGAACGAUGGAGAAACUGAGCAGCUCCUGCAGGAGGGAGAUCAUCAGUCUGAGUGCUCCAGCAUCAGCACCACUGCACAUCACAACACACAUCCAGACACCGGCUGGAGACACCAGCGCAAAACCUCCACCGAGAGCCAGGUCUGAGGGACUCACACACACAGAGAAACUUGUUCCUAUAUCCCAGUGGGGACUAACAUAAUGAUUUUUCUAUUAUACAACCCAUAUAUUCUCUCUCCUAAAACCCCCAACCCUCAACAAUCUGCGUUUUCAUAUUAUAUUUACAUUAAUACUACAUUCUGUGUGAUUUAUACCAGUGUUUCCCAACCCUGUUCCUGAAGGCACACCAACAGUACAGAUCUCCCUAAUCAAACACACCUAAAUUAACUCAUCAGAACAUUAGAAGAGACUUCAAAUCCUGAAAUGAAUGGGUCAGAUAAGGAUGACAUCCAAAAUAUGUACUGUUGGUGUGCCUCCAUGAACAUGGUUGGGAAACUCCGAUUUAGUCGCAUGUUUACCCAUUGGGGAUCUCAAUUUUAGUCCCCACGGUGACACAAGUCCCCAUGAGUCUGUGUGCAUUCAGAUUUAAGUCCUCACUGGGAUAUAAAAACAAGUACACACAGCAGCGGUCAAACCUUCGGGACCAUGAGAUGCUUUUAAAAAGAGAACAAGGAGACUUGCAUAAAAUACUGUAAAAUUGUCUAAUGUUAUUAGUGUUUGAAGGAAAUGCGUGCUUGGUGAAUGUUGAUUUAGUUGUAAUUGAUGUUUGCGAUAUGAGGAUGAAUUUAUUCAUGCACAUCUUCUGGAGUCUUCAGUGUCAAGCGAUUUUUCAGAAAUCAUUGCAUGAUAUGAUGAUAUGCAGCUCGAGAAACGAUUAUUGUUAUUGUUACUAUUAUUAAUAUUAAUGAUAAUG